CACAGUUCACACCUCGCACCCGCCGCGUCCGUCACGUACUCCGGCGACUCUCACCGCCGGCCCGAUGGCCCCUCCGCCGCGCCGGCACCACACCCGGCCCUCCACCUGUCGGCCGCCGCCGUGCCCCCACCGCGUGCCCUCGCUUCUCCUCCUCCUGCCCAACACCCCGUCUACCCGCUCCGCCUCUCCCAGUCUCCCUCCUCGCGCUCUCCUCGCUCUCCGCUUCGCCGUCCUCCUCCCCGCACGGCGCCUCCCUCUCGUUCUCCUCGCAUCCUCCUCCCAGUCCGCGUCCUCAUUCUCGUCCCUGUCGCACGCUUCAUCCCUCUCCUCCUUCCCACCGGCCGCCACCGCCGCCGCUGCCACGCUUCGGCUUCUCGCCUCCUCUUACUUCCGCCUCCGCCGCCGUCCUUCACCUGUCACUACCCGCCAGAAUCACUCCGGACCAAUAUUCUGCUUCUCACGUACCGUUCUCUCUUGUCAACAUUCAUCAGCUCAACCUUGCCCGCGUCCUGUUUGAUGAAAUGCCGCAGUCUUUGUUCUUACGAAAUGCUGCAGUCUGGUGUUCGCCUGGUCCUCCGCGCCUUGCUGCUCUCCUGCCUAAACUGUCAACUCUACCUCUGCCACCUCCUCCUGCUCUCCGGUUCCGACUCGCCCUCCCACCUGCUAUCUUGAUAUUUCUUUCUUCACAAAAGUAAAUACAGUAGCUACCAUUGUUGCAUGAUCACAUAAAUUACACAGGCAAACAGAUAUUCUCAUCCCCUUUGUGGUUUAUCGGAAAUAAUAUCUUUGCAGUAUCUGGUUUAUUGAUACUAAUUCUUACAAGAUUACCAGUUAUAGAUUUGAUGUUUACUGUCAUUGUUGUUCAAACUGUAUAGAGAUCUCAAGCCCUGGGUUUAUUCUACUCUAUCUGCAGGUGACAGCUCUGCCAGAAUACCUUCAAGCUUACUCUAUUGUGAAUAGGCUGAGAGUGGAAUAAGCAGAAAGAACUGGCCGUUGGUGGUUGCUGUCGACGGGGUGGUGCAGCCCGCCUGACAGAAGCCAUCAAUGAAGAGAUGAAUACCGGGGCUAUAGAGGAGUGGGAGAUGGAAGCAAGCACUUGAGUCUGAGAAAGGAAUGAUGAUCAAGACAACACUAGUUGUCUGGUUCUGAGAAUUUAUCGUUGGGAGAGGAAAUUGAUGAGACUGAAAUGCCAUGCUUGGAGUGAAGAACCCGAUGAAUCUCCUGCAAAGAAAAAGUCAAUGGAUGUUAAAUAAGUGGAGAGGAAACCUGGGUCUAAGGUAAAAGAAAAGGAUUUGCAAUAAGGAUGAUGGGAAAGAAGGCUAGAUCAAUAAUUCUCUUGCUUUGAGCAAGAAUCAACUUGCUAAGGCAUCCAAGGAAGGCAAAGCUACAAGAUCUGGAAUACCUAUCAUAGUCGGUGCUACUAUUUAUUAUCACAACAUUUUCUUACAUCUUCAGUAGGCUUAUGCAAACAAUCUAUUGAUCUUCUGCUCCAGAUCAUAGAAAUACCAAUCUAAUUUUGCUCUUCGUUUAUGCUUUAAUAUUAUUCUCAUCCGAACAAAUAAAAAAAUAUUAGAUCAAACUACAGUUGGGUCAAGGGUAUGUUUCGAAAAUAGGGGUUACAGAAUACUGCACAGAUUUGAAGGCUUACUUUUGUUAGUGAGAGUUCAUUUAAUUUAUGCAGAUAAUUGUGCCCCAGCACUGUACGCUGACUUUUCUAUGGCUUCUAGUACAAGAAAGGAAUAGAAUCAAUAAAUGCUUCCACUGUCUAAAAAGAGAAGGGAAUCAUUAUCCAAAAAAGAGAAAGGAAUAAAGACCCUAGCUUGCAACACCUGCUAGGUAUCUUGAGAUAUUUGAGCACAUGUAUAUAAUGAUGACACAGAGGAAAUCAUCCCACCUAUAACAUUCAAUAGAUAUGAUCAUACGCUAGGUACACAUAUGUCCAGUUAAAGGUGGUGCAUGUGAGCUGGGUGCUAAAUACGGAAUUACUGGAGUAUUCAGUGUCUCAGCCAACAGUUGCAAAUCAAGAGAGAGCCGGCUAACUAGCAUUGCCAAGAGUACGUAAGUCGAUCCAUGGCAGAAGCUUCAAAGUUCAUUACCAUUAUGCAACUAUUCAGCGACUGGGAAAUCCAUGUAUUGAUUCUCUUGAGCUUUUGCCUGCAACUAUUCCUCUUCUUCUCCGGCAGCCUUCGGCGCCGCCACGACCAUAGGCUGCUUAGGAUCAUGACAUGGUUGUCUUACCUAUCAGCUGAUUUCACUGCAGCAUAUGCUCUGGGCCUUCUUUCACGCGAGGUUGCUACCACUUCCACCACAGACAACAAUGAUGAUCAUCAUAAAUCAAUGCCCAGUGAAACCCCUCAUCAGCUCAUGGUAUUGUGGGCACCAUUCCUUCUUAUCCAUCUUGGAGGACAGGACACUGUGACUGCUUUUUCAUUGGAGGACAAUGAGCUGUGGUUGAGGCACCUGCUGAUGCUGCUAGGCCAAGCAUGCCUAGUUGUCUAUGUGCUGUGGAAAUGGGUGACACUGUCAUACUACCAACUUUUAAUCUCGGCUGCAUUGUUGUUCGUUGAUGGGAUCAUCAAGUAUGGGGAGAGGAUUUGGGCACUCAAGUUGGGGAGCCAGGAAGGCCUAAGGAGUUCCACUAGCACAGAAGCUAAGAAAGCAUCCCUUCAAUUUGGACUAGGAUUCAGUACUGAAAGAAAAGAGCAGACCUAUCAAGAAAUUGUUAGGUAUGCUCUUCUCAGGGAGCGAGGCGUGCGGGAUAUAUUCGCUGGACGGAAACUCUUCGACAUGGACGAUUUAACUCGCGAGUACUUUCUGUAUCAAUACGAUCGGGAGGUUCCGAGAGGGGAUGCACAACUGAAUUUCAAGAGGGCGGAGAUCGAGCUUAGCAUAAUGUACGACAGCCUCUACACAAAAUCUCGGGUGAUUCAAACAAGGUCUGGCGCCAUCCUUCGGUGUGUCUCCUUCGCCUCCAUAGUGGUUGCCUUUGUGCUCUAUGUCAAGAUGAUGGUGAGUAGUAGUGCCUAUGCCGAGCAAACAACAUCAGUAUACAACAGCGUCGACUACAGAAGAAGUAGAGUUGAUGCUGCCAUCACCUACAUAUUAUUCAUUGGAGCAGUUUGCUUGGAAGCUUGCUCAUUCUUCGUUGUGAUGAUCAUGUCACCGUUGGAGUGGCCAUUGUUGGAAGCUCGAGCUGGAUGGUGUCGUGUGCUGCUCACUCGAGUGGCCUGGCCUAUGUUCAUGAGGAUCCAACCAGAGACCAAGCCAUGGUGGUCAAACUCAAUGGGACAGUACAACUUCUUGAGCUCCUGCUGCAACAAAAGCAGAAGCACGGACAGAAGGUGGAGUAACACCGUCAUCAUGUCAAAGAUGGCAGGCGUAUUUGGAGCUAGUGAGCUGUGGAACAAGAUAAGCAACACCAAACAUGCCCACGUCACAAGGGAGAUGAAGGAGCUUAUCCACGAAACAAUAGGUCAUGAUAGGGGGUGGCUUCCUGAGCACAUCUGCGUUCCAAGUGCUUAUAGAUCACUACUUGUCCUCCCCUUCGAGAAGGCCUUGCUGUCGCUACACAUUUGGACAGAUGUGGUGAUGCACAAGGUGGCGAAGUCGAUGAUGGUGAGCAGCAGUGGUCGGCUCCCGAUUGACAUGGCCGCCCAAGAGCAAGACCAAGAGGCAGCACAGCGGCGGCGGCGUCUUAUGGAUAACUGCAAGAGGCUAUCUGAGUACAUGUUGUACCUGCUGUUGGCGCAACCUGCCAUGCUACCUGUGAGCAGGAACGUGCAGGAUUUUAUGGUAGCAGCGGCUGCCUCAGACUGGUCCAGGGGUGUCUCCUCCUCUGGCAGCAAGGUGCAGGAUUUUAUGGUAGCAGCUGAUGUUGCCUCCAGAAAGGAGUAUUUUCUUGAGUGGUUGGCUUCAGAGUAUAAGGGUCCUGGCCUGGAUUUCUGGGAGGAGCAAAGGGCGGUGCUCGCAAAUCAACAGGGCAUCAAUGCCGAGCUGGCGAGACUCGAGAAGGUGUGGGUGCGGAUGCUCGUGUACGCAGCUGGAAAGUCCCGCCCCGAAGAGCAUGCCCGGUGGCUGAGCACUGGGGGAGAGCUCAUUACCUUUGUUUGGCUGCUCAUGGCGCAUCGGCGUACUGGAGACGUGGAGCGCAGUAUCAGCCUCAUGAAAGAUGAUUUCAGCGCAGGACAUCUUUUCGAGCUAACUACUGCUAGCAUACCAUACUGCAGGCAAAUUGAGAUGGAGGAGUCAGAUACUACUUGACUUUAUUGAUUGCUUCCAUGCUGGUGUGGUGUGGUGGGUAAAAUCAGUCGCAUGUCUCGUUUGCCUGUAUUUCCUUUAUUACCAUCCAUUAUAUAUUUUUAUUUGAUAUUGUAUCUCGGCUAUAAAAAAAAAAUUACUUUUACCA